AUGUUUAGGAAGACGAAUUCGUUGGCCAUGUCUACCAAACCACCGAAGCGCCAGGCGCAAAAUGGAAACAAGGUAUUUUCAAACAAUUUCAUCAAUAGCCUCAAUUCAAAUGUUAAGACCGUUGAAAACAAGCCCCCAGGCCUUUCGGCACAAGCGAAGUUGGUUCCGCGGCGACUGCGAAGAUUCCACGCCUGUCGGGGCCAACUAAAAUUUCGAACGCGGCGACUCCGAAUACUAAAGCAGAACAGGUAAGAUGAGCAAAAGCAACGCGAUUUUUUUCCUAACUUACAUUCUUACAGCGCCUAAUUGGUAGAGGAGAAUCAAACGCUGACCCAAACAAAGUGGCUAAAAAAGUGGAGGGCCGCUCGAGCGAGCAUGCGAUGUUCGGCAAACAUGAGCAAGAGAACGUGAGAAAUUUCUUCGCAAGAUAAACAACUUGUUCUAUUUUUCAGACUAAGCGCCUCAAUUCAUCGUUAAACAAUGAAUGGAUUCCAGCGAAUCUCAUCAAGAACACAUGUUUCAGCUCCACGGGAAUUAUUCUGAGCAAAGAAGAGUGCAUCGCCAACCUGGAAUUGGCGAUGAAAAACAAGAAAAAAGCCGAUUUUUAUGAAGUCGUCAAGCUGUCAGCUCAUCCGCAAGUGCAAGGAACAGUAAUGGAAACUGGAGAUGGAAGACGACGAAACGCAACGCUAAGAUCAUCAACCAGUUCAUCAACCAGUUCACAUCCCGAUCAGCGAUAUACUCCUAA